AUGAUGAUGAUGUCCCUGAACAGCAAGCAGGCGUUCAGCAUGCCGCACGGCGGCAGCCUGCACGUGGAGCCCAAGUACUCGGCAUUGCACAGCGCCUCGCCCGGGUCCUCUGCACCCGCGGCGCCCUCCGCCAGCUCUCCUAGCAGCUCGAGCAAUGCUGGCGGCGGUGGCGGCAGUGGCGGGGGCGGUGGAGGCCGGAGCAGCAGCUCCAGUAGCAGUGGCAGCAGCGGCGGCAGCGGCGGGGGCUCCGAGGCGAUGCGGAGAGCGUGUCUUCCAACCCCACCGAGCAAUAUAUUCGGCGGGCUGGAUGAGAGUCUGCUGGCCCGCGCCGAGGCUCUGGCGGCGGUGGACAUCGUCUCCCAGAGCAAGAGCCACCACCAUCACCCGCCCCACCACAGCCCCUUCAAGCCGGACGCCACCUACCACACCAUGAAUACCAUCCCGUGCACGUCGGCUGCUUCCUCUUCGUCGGUGCCCAUCUCGCACCCGUCCGCGCUGGCGGGCACGCACCACCACCACCACCACCACCACCAUCACCACCAUCAGCCGCAUCAGGCGCUUGAGGGCGAGUUGCUGGAGCACCUGAGUCCCGGGUUAGCGCUGGGUGCCAUGGCGGGCCCCGACGGCGCCGUGGUGUCCACUCCAGCUCACGCGCCGCCCAUGGCUACCAUGAACCCCAUGCACCAAGCCGCUCUCAGCAUGGCCCACGCGCACGGGCUGCCCUCACACAUGAGCUGCAUGAGCGACGUGGACGCCGACCCCCGGGACCUGGAGGCGUUCGCCGAGCGCUUCAAGCAGCGACGCAUCAAGCUGGGGGUGACCCAGGCCGAUGUGGGCUCCGCGCUGGCCAACCUCAAGAUCCCCGGCGUGGGCUCGCUCAGCCAGAGCACCAUCUGCAGGUUCGAGUCGCUCACGUUGUCUCACAACAAUAUGAUCGCGCUCAAACCCAUCCUGCAAGCGUGGCUAGAGGAGGCGGAGAAGUCUCACCGCGAGAAGCUCACCAAGCCGGAGCUCUUCAACGGCGCAGAGAAGAAGCGCAAGCGCACGUCCAUCGCGGCGCCGGAGAAGCGCUCGCUCGAAGCCUACUUCGCCAUCCAGCCGCGGCCCUCUUCCGAGAAGAUCGCCGCCAUCGCUGAGAAGCUGGACCUUAAGAAGAACGUGGUGCGCGUCUGGUUCUGCAACCAGAGGCAGAAACAGAAAAGAAUGAAAUAUUCCGCAGGCAUUUAG